AUGGGAAGUGAAAAGAGUUUACUCAAAAAAACAUUGACAAAUUUCAAACAAGUCUCAGGGAAAGAAAAUGGAGAAGCACCACCCGAAAAUGGGAAAUCUGUGAAUGAAGCCACACACACUCCAGCACAGUCAUUCACAUUCCUCAUUAAUGAAGAAGAGAAGUGUAGAGAUAGAACACCUUUCUUGGUGUUGCUGAUAUCAACGACAGCAGCUGAGCUGCAGCGCAGAGACGCCAUCCGAAGGAGCUGGGGCAGCGAGGCUGCGGUGCCGGGCGUGGACAUCCUGCGGCUCUUCAUGCUUGGCAUCAACACCAGGGGGAUAAACGAGGAUGUUCUGCUGAGAGAAAGCGAGCAGUAUCACGAUAUUAUCCAGCAGGACUUCCUGGACACGUACAACAACUUAACUCUUAAAACUCUGAUGGGCAUGAGGUGGGUGGCCUCCUACUGCAGCGGCACGAGGUUCGCCAUGAAGACAGACAGUGACGUUUUUGUCAACACGAUGCACCUGGUUGAAAAGCUCCUCAGGCCUCUCCCACCUUCCACACAGAAUUAUUUCACAGGCCAUUUAAUGAAAGGGCACACCCCUAUUCGGAAUAAAGCCAGCAAAUGGUACAUAUCAGAAGAAGAAUUCCCAGGUAACAGAUACCACACUUUCUGUUCAGGAACUGGCUAUGUCUUUUCUGGAGACCUGGCUGCAAAAAUUGUCAAUGCCUCUUUAACAAUUAAAUAUAUACAUUUGGAAGAUGUUUACGUAGGGUUUUGUCUUAAUGCAAAGGGAGUAGAAAUAGUACCAGUUCCUUACUCACUGUUUAACCUACACAAAGUCCCAUUUUCUCCUUGUACGUACAAUAAAAUAAUUACAUCUCAUCACAUUCAGCCACAUGAGCACAUACACUAUUGGGAGACACUGCAAGAGAAGAAACACACGUGUUAG